AUGCAAACUCUUUCCAUAUUCCGGGGGGCGCUGCGGUGUCGCGGACCACAGCGCGCAAUCAUACACAGAGGUGCGCAAUUCGGCAUCCGGUGGUCGUCUAAUGCGACGGCGAGCGCGGACGGGGAGAGGCGGUGGUCGACGCCGCUGGCGAAGUCGCUGGCUGAGGCGAUAUCUACCACCGGACCCAUCUCCGUGGCAUCGUACAUGCGCCAAUGCCUCACGUCGCCCGAAGGCGGAUACUACACGCGACACACGGCGGGGCGCGAUCAAUUCGGCGCGAAGGGGGACUUCAUUACGAGUCCCGAGAUUAGUCAGGUCUUCGGCGAAAUGGUGGGGAUAUGGCUGUAUACGGAGUGGUUGGCGCAGGGCAGGAAAGAAAAGGUGCAGCUGGUUGAGGUGGGACCUGGGAGGGGGACACUGAUGGAUGACGUCCUGAGGACCAUCACGUCGUUCAAGCCGUUUGCGGACAGUCUCGAGGCCAUCUACAUGAUUGAAGCGUCGCCGCAUCUCCGGGCGCAGCAGUCGCGGCUGCUUUGCGGCAACGAGGACCUAAAAACAACAGACUUAGGGUGGACGAAUACCUGUAAAGAUAUACCUGGAUGUCAAAUCAUUUGGGCGGAGGACUUGCGAUUCGUUCGGAAGGAAGCAACACCCAAUCCGUUCAUCCUGGCCCACGAAUUCUUCGACGCCCUCCCCAUCCACGUCUUCCAGAACGUGGCGUCCUCCAGCAUCCCCCCCUCGUCUACCAUCCUCACCCCAACGGGGCCUAUAAAACCCAGAGACGGCUCGACGCAUGCGCCGCAGAACCAGUGGCAUGAACUCGUCGUCACGCCAGUGCCGCCGUCGUCCACGUCCUUCACAGCAUCGAGCGGCGACAACAAGGCAGAAGAGAGACCGGAAUUCCAGCUCACGGUAUCAAAGUCCCCCACACCGCAUAGUUUGUACCUCCCGCAGCUGUCGGAGCGAUACAAGGCCCUCGCGAAGACCCCCGGCGCCAUCAUCGAGAUCAGCCCCGAGAGCCUAGCGUACGUGGCCGAUUUCGCGACCCGCAUCGGGGGCGAGGAUCCUACUCAUUCUCCUUCACCGAAAGCCACCCACACCGCAUCACCAUCAACAUCCACCUCACGGCAGAACCCCACAUCCUCUCAAUCAACAGUAACAUCAACAACACCGUUCAAAAAACAUCCCUCCGGCUGCGCCCUCAUCCUCGACUACGGUCCCGCCUCGACCAUACCCGCCAACACGCUCCGCGGCAUACGCGCGCACAAGCUCGUCUCGCCCUUCAUCGGCGCAGGCACCGUCGAUCUCUCCGCCGACGUGGAUUUCCUGGCCCUGGCGGAGACGGCCAUCAAGAGCUCGCCUGGAGUGGAAGUGCAUGGACCCGUUGAGCAGGGCUGGUGGUUACAGGGUCUUGGGGUUGGUGAGAGGGUGAAGCGGUUGGUGAGGAUGCAAAGGGCGAGGCUUGAGGCUGUGGAGAAGGGUGAGGGAAAGGCGGAGGAUGCGCAGAAGUUGGAGGAGGAGAUGAAGAGGUUGGAGAGCGGGUAUAAGAGGCUGGUGGAUCGGGGCCCCACGGGUAUGGGCAGGAUUUACAAGGCGUUGGCGGUGCUGCCGUUUGAUGAGGCGGCGCCGGUAAGGCGACCGGUGGGGUUUGGCGGCGAUGUUGUGGCAUAG